CGCUGGGCAUGGCAGCAAGAGCAGGCAGGGGCGACCUCCUCGCGUGCUGGAUUCAACAGUUUCCUUGUGUGAUGAUCAUCUGCGAGUGGGGAGGAGUAAUAAUAACAUGUAGCGAGCAGCGCGAGAGUUUCUACUGAGCUGUGAAGAGAGGAGAGGAGACCCGCGAAGGGUGAAAUUCCACGGCUGCAUGUCUCAGAUCCAUGUGCCAAUUGGAUCUUCAAAAGAGGAGAGACAGAUGUGAGGCUCCCAUAGCUCGGGGACUGGACAAAGCGAAGAAGGCUUCCCCCCUAGAGGACAAGAGGAAGAUAAGACUGGGACGACGGAGUCCGCCCUGCGCAAGGACUUUGUUGACACAUCCAAGCUACCGUAGGGCUCUAGAGCUCGAAGACGAAGACAUCGUCAGAUUCACAAAGCAGGGGGGCCAGGAGGGUGAAUAGCAUCGAUGUGAGGACGAGAUGCUGCGUGUCAGAUUGUCAUGAUCGUUUCUAGUGCGGGCGGUCCCAUCGAGAUCUAGAUCGAGUCGCAGGUCGGGGUGGGGUGGCGGGAGGCAUUUUAGAUUCCGCAGCCCGGACCUGGUGACGGAUUUGGGAGCUUCAGUGAUUAGAGCUUAGAUCUAAUGGCCAAAUCGCCCAAGAAGGGGAAGCCGGGCACAAGACGGAGGAUUGCAAUUUGCAAGCUCUUGCCAUUUCUGUGCCUGGCGCUCUUCCUCAUUCCGUUCGUCAAACACAAUUCUCGCACAUUCAAUCGAUUGUUCAAAUCUAGGAUCGUCGUCUCGUACUCAGAGCAGGACGACGAGGCAAUUCUCCGACACGCGGCCCCGGCGGUGCAGAAGCUCGUGGAGGCGAUUCGGCAGGCGACGAGCAGAGCCUCGGACGGGGAGCAGAUCGAAUUCAGCGAGGACGACAGGAAGGAGUGGGAGGCGAGGCAUCCAUGCCGAAGCCGGCUGGAGCUCGCGCCGCUCUACGCAGCGCGCAAGCACCUGAAGGAUGUGCCGGCCAACAAGCAGUGGCUGCUGGUGUUCAGAGAGUACGAGAAAUUGCACCGCGCCUGCAGCAGGAGAGUGGGCGACCUGCUCAACUACUUCGAGUCCCAUAAUACGAGCAUCGGAUGCAAAUUCGUCAUCGCCGAGACGCAUUUCGGGCUCGGAAACAAGCUGUACCACGUGUCGUCGGUGUUCAUGUUCGCCGUGCUGCGGCAGCGAGUGAUUCUCGUGCCCGAAUCCACAUCCAUCCCGUCCGUGGUCUGCGAGCCAUUCGCGGGCUCGUCGUGGAGAAUGAACGACGAAUUGCACGAGGCCGUGAAGAGGAAGCGCAAAUUGUCGAAGGAAUUCUACGCCGCAGUCGACCGCGACCUCGAUCACCGAGGCACUCUGGAUGUGUACGCGUCGGCGAUCACGGACGAAUGGGGGCCCGAGAUGCGAUUCUUCUGCAACUCCGAGCAGAGAUUCCUCACUCACGUCACGUGGCUCACCAUGGACGGCUGCCUGCUCUUCCUGCCCAAGCUCUGGGCCAUCGACAUGUUCCGCCCGGCGCUCGAGGGCCUCUUCCCGGACCGAAUCGCCGCCACCUACGUGCUCCGCUCGCUCAUGCUCCCGGCUGAUCACGUCUGGGAGCGAAUUCUGCACGUGAACGAGCUCUACCUCGCGAAUGCCGAGAAGCAGGUGGGGAUUCAGGUGCGCUACUUCGGCGGCGACAAGGAGUUCGAGGAGAAGAACGAUCUGGUGAACGAUCGAAUCACUCGGUGUCUGUGGGAGAAUGACAUUCUGCCCGAGGUUUGCCCCGCCACUCCUGACGAUCCCGGCUGGGGCGAGGCGAAAUUCGCCGGGUGCGCCGAGAAAUUGACGGCCGAGCAUCACGCCAAGCCUCGCAUGGUCAAGGUGCUCAUCGCCUCGCUGUUCCAGGGCCUGCAGGAUUUUCUGAACAACAUCUACCUGCGCCACGAGGUGACGGCCACCAAGGACGCCGUGGGCGUGUACCAGCUCACUCACGAGCUGAUUCAAGGCACGGGCGUCGAGGUCGACAGUCAAGCGCUGGUCGAGGUCAUCAGCCUGAGCUUGUCGGACGUGCUGCUCGUGUCGCCCAUGUCCACCUUCGGAGGAGUAGCUCAAGCGUACGGGGGCCUGAUGCCAUGGUUUAUAGACAUUGGGCGCCCCAAGGGCGAACCCGAUCAGUGUCAACGAGCUAUGGGGAUAGAUCCGUGUCACUUGGGCGCCAGGGAGAAUUACGAGUGUAGGUACGACCCUCCCGGAUCGCAGAACAUUUAUGACAUGUUUACGUAUUUGAAACACUGCUUGCCCAUCGAUGUGGGAUACGGAUGGGGAAUGGAGCUAAUCCCUGACAAUCCGAGCGAUCACGAUUUCUCUUCCUAGGACGUCUCUGUGGAGCUCUGUGGCCAAUCCUGCCCGGCACCUUGCCGGUUGUACAGUAUUCUUCGAGUACGCAUACAAUCUCGUGUGUAGUGCUUACAAUUUUUUGAUAUUCGAUACAAUUUUAGAGAAAUGUUGAGGUAUUGCGGAAUCUCCGAUGUCAAAUUGUCCAUCUUGGUAAAUAAUAAUUGAGUUCUUGGGAGCAAUAGUUUGCU